AUGGGCGAGCUAUAUGGGUUGCAUAAGGCAUGGGAUUGGAGCGGGGUAUUCGAUUUCAACUCCCAUAAGUUGGCCACUGCGACAAUGGGCCAAGACUCGUCUUAUAAAAGAGGUCUGAGCCAAGCCCUUAGUCAUCAGUCGAGUGCACUCCAUCGCUGCAGUUACAACUUCAACUUGUUCGCCAUGAAUGUCCUGAGUCCCAGCAUUGCCGUCUGCCUGAUCCUGAGCGCCCUCGUCGCUGUUCAGGCAGGGAUCAUCGCCAGCCAUCCGGAUGAGCUGAUUGCUAGUCCUGCCCAGUAUGAGUUCCACUACUCCGUCCACGACAGCCACACCGGCGAUGUUAAGGAUCAGUUCGAGCACCGACGUGGCGAAUACGUAACUGGCCGCUACUCCCUCGUGGAUGCCGAUGGACUCCGACGCAUUGUGGACUACACCGCCGAUCCUCUGCUGGGCUUCAACGCUCAAGUUCGUAGGGAACCGAUUUCUCGCUAUUGAAACAGCUACCCACGGGAUGUGAUGAAGGACCUCCCCAGUUGACCGGAUUUAUGAUUUGGCUACCUUAAUUAUGGGCACCAAUGGAAGAUGAUAAAAUUGUAUUUUUAGAAUAAAUCUAAAGGCUGUUUAAUU